UAACGGGAAAAUUUAACCAGUUUCAUUUAUGUUUAUAAAUUCACAAUUUUCAAUUGUUUUAUUCAAAAUCAUUAAUUCCGUCCACCUUGCACCUCUCAUUCCGUCCGUGCACAACACAAAAACAACGUACAAAGUGAUGAGAUAAUAAGUGUUCACGAGCGUCGAUCGCUCAAAUUUGUGCAACCAAGACUACAAGAAAGACAGAUAUGACGCGUCCCGGGCCUCCCAGCGAAAACCUUCCCACUGUGAAACUUGUGGUGGUAGGUGAUGGUGGUGUUGGUAAAAGUGCAAUUACCAUCCAGUUCUUCCAGAAACUGUUUGUCACGGAUUAUGAUCCCACCAUCGAAGAUUCAUACAUUCAACAUACAGAGGUGGACGGACAAUGGUGCAUACUUGAUGUACUGGACACGGCGGGCCAGGAGGAGUUCAGCGCGAUGCGGGAGCAGUACAUGAGGAAAGGCGACGGCUUCCUGCUCGUGUACUCGGUGACGGACAAGCAGAGCUUCGAGAACAUACGGCACUUCCACACGCAGAUUCUGCGAGUGAAGGACCGCGAGUCGUACCCCAUGCUGGUGUCGGCCAACAAGGUGGACCUGGUGCACGCGCGCGCCGUGAGCGAGGAGGCCGGCCGCGAGCUGGCGCGCGCGCUGGCCGCGCCCUACAUCGAGACCAGCGCCAAGGAGCCGCCGCUCAACGUCGACGCCGCCUUCCACGAGCUGGUCCGCAUCAUCCGCAAUCAUCCGCAGCAGGAGGAGAAACAGAGACGCCGCAGGAAAUUUUUUGGCCGAUGCGCGCUGCUCUGAGCCGCUCGACGACCCGGCCUCUCGCGGGGUCCAGUCCGGUCCGGUUUCCUUUGAAGUACUUGGUAAUAUUUGCGUUCGAAAGUUUCACGAAACUCGACAAAGUCAGUAAAGAUUACACCGAUGUCUUACCGAUCUUUGUUUCCAACUCAAUGUAAUUACAACAGUGGAACGCGAGUUUCCGAUUAUUCUUUUGCGGAGACGCAGAUCGACGUCCGUGUAGGCUGACGCACCAGCUCGAGACGAGGGAAAUUACUAAUUAAAUACUGCACAAGGGAGUCGGUAGACGUAUGCACGUACAUAUGUGAAUGUUACAUGUACCUUUGUGAUAUAUUUUUUAAAGCUUUAUUUCCAAAGUAUUAUUUGAAAUUGUUUUCUUGAGAGAUGUAUUUUGUUAAUUUAUUUUUAGUUCUCCUUAUAUCUUGUGGUAUAUUUUAAUCAUAGGAGAUACAAAUUUAAAAUGGUUCAUUUUAAUAUAUAGAUUUAAAGUUAUUUAUCAUAACGGCGAAUGGUUGACACGACAGUUGAAGACGUGAUUUUAUGUACGUGUGUGUCUUUUCUGACAUCGUUGAUGUAUAUAUUCAUAAAGUCGACCUGUAGGUUGAGGUACGGUUAACAAAACAGCUUUGCAAUUUUUACAAGAAACAACUAAAUUCAGAUUCAUUCAGCGUAAAUUUGCAGGUUUUUUUUGGGAGACAUUAAUUUAAAC